ACAAAAUGGUUUUAAUUAGUGAAAAAAACGUAAAAUAGUUUAUUUCUUGACGUAAAUAUACAAGUGAACAAAAUGGCAAACAAUCUGUUUGGAAAUAAUUCUUUAUACGAUGCCGAAGAAAACAUAAAAAAUGAACCCAUUAAGAAUGAAACACCACAAGAAAAUGACGACUUUCCAGACAAUGAAAUUGACAAAAAUCAAUUUGCAUGUGAUGUUUGUGAAAAAGUUUAUACCAGAAUAAGUUAUUUAAUUCAACACAAACGGCUUCAUACAGGCGAAAAACCUUUUUUAUGUGAAUUGUGUGGUAAAGGUUUUCCUAGUAGAAGUUAUUUAGUUACUCACGAACGAGUUCAUAGUGGUGAAAAACCGUAUGUAUGUGAGGUUUGUGAUAAAACAUUUACAUCGUCUAGUAAUUUAGUGAAACAUAAACGAAUCCAUACCGGAGAAAAACCUUAUUUAUGUGAUUGUUGUGAAAAAACAUUUACCACGUCAACCAGUUUACUUAAGCACAAACGAACGCAUACUGGAUUAAGACCGCAUUCAUGUGACGUAUGUGAUAAAGCAUUCGGGGAGAAACAACAACUGGAAAGGCAUAAGAGAAUACAUACCGAUGAAAAACCUCAUACUUGUGAAAUUUGUGAUAAAAAAUUUGGUGAAAAACAUCAGUUAACGCGACAUAAAUUAGUGCAUUCAGUGGAUAAACCUUUUUUGUGCGACUUUUAUAAGUGUAAUAAACGGUUUGUUGAGCAACGUCAGUUAGAUAGACAUAGAAAAAUUCAUAAAGGAGAAAAUCCUGCUUAUUUUGAUUAUGAUAAGAAUAAUGGAAAUGAAAAUAAACAAAGUUAUAGUGCAGUGAAACCUUACGCAUGUGAUUUUUGUGAAAAUCAAUUUACUACCCCAAGUGAAUUAGUAACGCAUCGAUUAAUUCAUACCGUUCAAAAAUCAUAUUUAAACGAUGUUUAUAACAAAAGUUUUAACCUGGUGCGAAGAUUAUUUCAAGAUGAAAAUAAUCCUUCAUCGUACAAUGAAGAACCAAGUAAGUCCGAACAGAAAGAAUCAAACGAUUUAUUAAUUAAAGAUGAAUUAAUACGCACCCCUGAUUUUCCGAAAAAUGAAGUUCCGAAUCAAAAUGAAAAUGACGUUCCACAGAAUGUACCGGAGCGAAAACGUUUCACAUGUGAACAUUGUGAUAAAAUUUUUGGUACGGAACAAAUGGUAAAGCGACAUCGAUGCACGGUUGUUAUUGAAAAAGUUUAUUCUUGUGAAAUUUGUAAGAAAGUUUUUACUAAAUCAAGCAGUUUAGUUCAACAUAAAAGAUUGCAUACAGGAGAAAAACCGUAUUCCUGUGAUGUUUGCCAAAAAGAUUUUCGUACAAAUAGUCAUUUGGUUCGCCAUAAAAGAGUUCAUACCGGUGAAAGACCAUAUACAUGUCCGGUUUGUUCGAAAAGUUUUAGUACAAGUAGUCUUUUAGUCGGACAUAAACGAAUACAUACCGGAGAAAAACCAUAUGAAUGUACAACUUGUGGUAAACGAUUUGGUUGGAAAAAUAUGUUAGAUAAACAUAAAUUAAUUCACACCGGAGAGAAACCAUUUGCUUGUGACAUUUGCAGUAAAUGUUUUAAUCAGAAAAAUAAUUUAGAUGCCCAUAAACGAACUCAUAGUGGUGAAAAACCUUAUCAAUGUGAGCUGUGUAAGAAAAGAUUUACACGAAUGGAAAAUUUAAACGGACAUAUGAAACUUCAUGCGAGAGAUAAACCUUACGUAAGAAGAGCUGAGAAAAAGACUUCAGUACGAGUAGAGAAAAUCAAGAUAGAAAGAAUUGGUAAAAGAAAAUCAGCAAGAAAUAAGAAAAAGAAAUUGGAUCGAGAAUUAAGAUCGACUACACCAAAAGUGGAAGAAUCUUAUGAAUGCGAUGUUUGUAAUAAAAAAUGUACGACAUUAACUGAUUUAUUUAGUCACAAACAAAUUCACGACGAAGAUACACCCGAACCCGAACCCGUCAAUGUCGAAGAAAUUAAAAUUGAACCGAAAAUCGAAAUUAAAGAAGAACAGGAAGAAGAAAAUGAUGGUGAUUUUCGUGAUUACGAUGACGGUGACUUCCGUGAUUAUGAUGAGGAUAUCGAAAAGAUUGAAGAAAAAAUUGAAAAACCAGAGGAAACUCGUUCUGAAAAUAAUACUGAAAAACUUGAAAAUGGUACGAUUAAAAUAGAAAAUCGUUGUGAAAUUUGUAAAAAAGUAUUUUCAACUAGUGAAAAAUUAAACAAUCAUAAAUGUAGUAAUAAAGACAAACCACACGCGUGUGAAAUUUGUGGUAGAAGAUUUUCCACGAUAAAUAAUUUAAAUCAACAUAAUUUAAUACAUACGGGUGUAAAACCGUUUGCUUGCGAUACUUGCGGAAAAACAUUUACCACGAUGGGUAAUUUAAAUCAACACAAACGAUUGCAUACAGGAGAAAAACCAUUUUUAUGCGAUCAUUGUAAUAAAACUUUCACGCAAAAACAACAUUUAAUCGAACAUAAACGAACACAUAGUGAAAAAUCACCAUCAGUGAAAACCGAAAAACCGUAUGCUUGUGAAACAUGUGGAAAAACAUUUACUUCCGUUGGGAAUUUAAAUGUACAUAAACGAUUACAUACGGGUGAAAAACCACAUGCUUGUGAUGUUUGUGAAAAGCGAUUUACUCAGAAACAUCAUUUAAUCGAACACAAACGUAUUCAUACCGGGGAAAGGCCCUUCGGUUGUGAAUUAUGUGAUAAGAAAUUUACAACGUCAAGUGAUUUAGUUAAACACAGACGAAUUCAUACGGGAGAGAAAUUGUAUCCAUGUGAAUAUUGCGAUAAACAUUUCACUAGGUCAGGCGGGUUGAUUAAGCAUAAACGAAUCCAUACUGGUGAACGACCUUAUGCUUGCACCGAAUGUGAAAAACGAUUUACUACAUCAAGUUCUUUAGUUAAGCAUAGACGCAUCCACACCGGAGAAAAACCGUAUCUAUGUGAGGUUUGUAAUAAGGCAUUUAUCUCGAAUAAUCAACUCGUUCGGCAUAAACGAAUUCAUACAGGGGAGAAACCGUAUUUAUGCGAUAUUUGUGACAAAAAAUUCAUGUGGAUGGAAUCGUUAGUUAAACAUAAGCGAGCACAUUCGGGAGACAAACCAUUUUUAUGUGACUACUGUAGUAAAAGAUUUGCUGAACGAUCUCAAUUAGAAAAACAUAAGCGAGUUCAUACGGGUGAAAAGCCAUACGCAUGUGACGUUUGUGAUAAACGAUUUUCCCAAAAGAACAAUUGCGAUGAACAUAAACGUACACAUACCGGAGAAAAACCGUAUCCAUGCGAUGAAUGUGAGAAAAGAUUUCCACGCUUGGAAAAUUUGAUUAAACAUAAACGUGUGCAUUCGGGUGAAAAACCGUAUGCAUGUGAUCUAUGUGAGAAGAAAUUCGCUCAAAAACAACAUUUGAAUGGACAUAAACGUACGCAUAGCGGUGUAAAACCGUAUUCGUGCGAUUAUUGUGAGAAAAAAUUCACGACAUCAAGUGAUUUAAAGAAACAUUUGCGAGUUCAUACUGGUGAAAAACCGUAUUCAUGUGAAUUUUGUGAUAAACGAUUUAAUACAACAAGCGGUUUGGCUCAACAUAAACGUACCCAUACUGGUGAAAGACCGUAUUCGUGUGACGUGUGUGAUAAAGCAUUUACGAUUAAAAGUCAUUUGGUUAGUCACAAACGAAUUCAUAGUGGUGUAAUUAAACCGGAUUUAUGUUACGUUUAUGAUAAAAAUUUACCAUUAUGGGGUCAGUUUACCAAUUAAGGGGUAUUAUUACUUAUCUGUUUGAACUUUUAUUGGCUUAAACAAAAUAAACAGAUCUCAAAAAUUUUUGUUGACUUCGAUUGAGACAUAGUUGUUAGAAAAUAAAUACCCCGAUAUAGGACAGUUCCCCUGUUUGGAGACCAACUUUUUUGAGAUACACACUUUGCGACCAUUGGGGAUGGAUUCAUAAUGCUAUCAAAAAUCCAAAAAUUUGCAUCGGAAAUUGUAAAAUUAACA